AAAUUUGCUUCGGAUGCUCGCUCAUUGGUCCAGAAAUAUGGAAUCAGAUGACGUAGUAGUUCCGGGUUUCUAAGUCCUGAGAAAAGGUUACUUUCGGGCAUUUCUCGGGUAGAGGAAGAGGCACGACUGACCGGGUUUUUCGCAGCUGAAGGUGUAACGCUUUGGAGACAGUGGACCAAAUAUUUUCAUACUGCAGUUGCGAGAUUUGUAAAAAUUAUCUACUCUACUUUUCGCUUUAUGAGACUUCCCAUCCAACACAAUUUUCCACUACACACCUGAAACACCAUUGGGACAAGCAACUAGUCUGACUACCACUCCUGCUCAGUUCCCUUCAACACUUACUCCACCAAAGAACAGUAUGGGUCUCCAGUCAGACUCUGCCCUCCAAUCUAUCCUCCUCUUUCCACUCCACCUUAUGGUAUGGCUGUACUCUGUCCUGUCCUUCCUGCCCUGGUACUACAUCACUGGUGCCGGGCAAAGGAAAGCUCUGUCCAAGCGGAUAAAGGCCCGUUCCACUUCAGGCUGUGCAGAGGGACCAUACCGCUCCGUGGAUCAUUUCGAUUCCCUGGCCAGAGAGGACUUCCCAGGCAAGGACACACUGGAUAAGCUGUUCGAUCAUGCUGUGCAGCGCUUUGGACCAGCGCAAUGUCUCGGCACCCGAGAUAUACUGAGCGAAGAUAAUGAGAUUCAACCCAGUGGUAAAGUAUUUAAAAAGCUGAUCCUGGGGGAGUAUAGAUGGUUAUCCUACAAUGAGUUGGACUCUAUAGUCAGUCAGUUUGGCAGUGGAUUGGCAGCGCUGGGGCAGCAGCCCAAAAGCAGCAUUGCAAUCUUCUGUGAAACCAGAGCAGAGUGGAUGAUCACUGCCCAGGCAUGCUUUAGGCACAAUUUCCCAUUGGUGACAUUCUAUGCCACACUGGGAGAGGAUGCAAUUGCAUUUGGACUGAACGAGACUGGAGUUACACAUCUAGUUACCAGUGCGGAACUGCUUGAGACUAAACUGAAAAUUGUGCUUCCACAGAUCCCAAAUCUGAAGCACGUGAUCUACGUAGACCAGAAGAAAGUGACCACAGAAGGCUACCCAGCAGGACUGUCCAUCCACAGCAUGCAGGCCGUGCAAGACCUGGGCGCGCUGCCUGAGAAUAUGGGGAGGGCUAUUGUGAAGCCCCAGCCAUCUGAUCUGGCUAUGGUGAUGUACACCAGUGGCUCUACAGGCAGACCCAAAGGAGUCAUGAUUGUCCACAGUAACCUAAUUGCAGGAAUGACAGGCCAGUGUGAACGCAUCCCUGGACUCGGGACUAAAGAUACUUACAUAGCCUAUCUGCCCCUGGCUCAUGUUCUGGAAAUGACAGCUGAAAUCUCCUGUGUCACAUAUGGCUGUCGGAUCGGCUACUCAUCCCCCCAGACACUGUCAGACCAGUCCACCAAGAUAAAGAAAGGAAGUAAGGGAGACUGCUCUGUGCUCAGACCCACCCUGAUGGCAGCUGUGCCAGAAAUUAUGGAUCGCAUCAACAAGAAUGUGAUGAGCAAAGUGCAGGAAAUGGGUUUCAUUCAGAAGAAGCUGUUUACACUGGGCUACAAAUAUAAACUAGAGCAGAUCAAGAGGGGCUAUGACGCACCACUCUGCAAUGCCCUGUUGUUCCAGAAAGUGAAGAAAUUGUUGGGGGGACGGGUGAGGAUGAUGAUGUCUGGAGGAGCCCCCCUGUCCGCAGACACUCAGAGAUUUAUGAAUGUGUGUUUCUGUUGCCCAGUGGGCCAGGGCUAUGGCCUCACUGAAACCUGUGGAGCGGGCACCAUCACAGAGGUUGCGGACAUCAGCACAGGCCGUGUUGGGGCUCCUCUUCUGUGCUGUGAGAUCAAACUCAGGGACUGGGCUGAAGGUGGCUACACUAGUAAAGACAAGCCAAACCCAAGAGGGGAGAUCCUGAUUGGUGGUCCCAAUGUAACCAUGGGUUACUACGGGAAUGAUAACAACGACCAAGACUUUUUUGUGGAUGAGAACGGUCAGAGAUGGUUCUGCACCGGAGACGUGGGAGAGAUUUACCCAGAUGGCUGUCUACAAAUAGUUGACCGCAAGAAAGAUUUGGUCAAACUGCAGGCCGGAGAGUAUGUGUCUCUCGGUAAAGUGGAGUCUGCCCUGAAAAACUGCGCUCUCAUAGAUAACAUCUGUGCCUAUGCUAACAGUAACCAGAACUACGUGAUCAGCUUUGUGGUUCCCAACCAGAAAAAGUUGACAGAACUGGCCAAACAGAGAGGUAUUGUAGGAACAUGGGAGGAGAUCUGCACUCACCCCGACAUGGAAAGAGAGGUUCUGAAGGCGAUCAAGGAGGUUGCUGCCAACAUUAAACUCCAGCGAUUUGAGAUACCAGUGAAGGUGCAUUUGAGUCCAGAGCCGUGGACCCCCGAGACAGGUCUCGUCACCGACGCGUUCAAGCUGAAGAGGAAAGAGCUGAAGAACCACUAUCUCCACCACAUAGAGAGAAUGUAUGGGGGCAAAUAACUCCGACGAUUUCACCCAAGAGUCCCGAUUAUCACCAUAACCACUGUUUGUACCUGUAAAUAAUCUUCCCGGUACCCAGUUGUAUUUUUAUGCUGUUUAUGUACCACGGGCAUCCAAACGAAAAUGUCUUGAAUAUGAAACAUUCAUUUAUGAACAUUGAAAAGCUGUAACUGUAGAUAGUUGUAACUGCUGGUCCAUGUGUGCUGCUUUUUAUUCUUGUGUGUAGAAGCUUUGAUUGUCAAUUACACUCAAGUGGCCACUCUUAGUCCAAGAAAUGGAUCUGAGACCAUUACAGUACUUAACUGCCUUCCACUUAAAUCUGUUGGAACUCUGUCCGCCAUAUGUCGCAGAUGCUUUGUUGUUACUGCCAUUUUAAACAAUAGCAACUGUAAUCGCCAUCGUGUUACAUGCCUUCAGUCUGCAGUGUAGUCAAGCAUAAGUAAGUGGCACCUAGAUAAUAACAAAAUACUUUAUUUUGUGUUAUUGAAAUGGCUCAAGUGCCGUGUGAAGUUUACUUUAGGAAAAAUAUCCCCACCCACUAACAGGGAUCAUAGAGAAAAAAAGUGAUCAUGUCUGCUUAUCCACAAUUGUUUUCUGACCAAUGUUUUAUUUAUGCAUUUGUUAUUGUGUCAAUUUAUUCAGAAAGUAAGACCAAAAUGACUCAGGAAGAUAAGCAAAUGUUUUAAUAUAUGGAACUGUCAAAAUUAUUGUGGGCACCUUAUUUAUUUAUAAGCAAGUAUGCUUGACAACUAAAUUGCUUGUUAGCAUUAGCUAGUAAGAGCUGGCAUAUUGUAAUACCGUGCGUAUUUUACCUCAGUUAACAGGUUAAUGAACAAUUUGGUAUCAGAAGGCUAUCUAAAGUGCAGUCUGUUCAUUUCAAGUUUGUUCUUUGUAUUUUUUGAAGUGUUGUGUUGAUGGAUUUGUAUCAUGAAUAAGAAGGCAGACGUUGACAGUCACUUAACGGUUUGGCGAUCCUAUUUGUAUUUAUUACUCCACCAUUGUGGUCACAUGCCUUGUUCAACAGUUUAAGAAUAAACCUCUUUUUGUA